AGGAGGAGGACGACUUGGGCUACCGGCUCUUCCCGGACCGGAAGAAGAAGCCGCAGAGCUUCCUGGUCCGCAGCCUUUUCACCUUCCACAACAAGUGCCAGGUGAUGCUGAGGAUGACCCUGGAAACGAAUCCAUAUGCUCAACUUCUUCUCGAGGCUAUGAAACAAUCUGGUUGCACUGUCUUCAAUGACCGGCACUUUUCUUGUGAAAACUGUGAUGGCUGUGUCAGUGGAGGUUUUGAUUCUGCCACAUCUCAGAUUGUUCUGUGUCAGAACAACAUUCACCAUCAAUCCCACAUGAACCGGGUAGUGGCACAUGAAUUGAUUCAUGCCUUUGAUCACUGUCGUGCACACGUUGACUGGUUUAAAAAUGUCAAACACUUAGCAUGUUCAGAGAUCCGAGCUGCUAAUCUCAGUGGAGACUGUACACUGAUGAAUGAAAUAGCCAGGUUUAAGUUUGGAUUAAAACGACAUCAUCAGACUUGUGUACGAGACAGAGCAAUUCGUUCCAUUCUGGCUGUUAGAAAAGUCAGCAAAGAAACAGCAGAAAAAGCUGUGGAUGAAGUUUUUGAUGCCUGCUUCAAUGACCUGGAGCCAUUUGGAAGAAUCCCGCACAGUAAAACAGAUGCGAGACGUGCUUAUAGAGACUUUCAGAACAGAGAUCGCUAUAAUGCUAAUUUGUAAAGGAAAAAAAAGUGAAAAAUUAUCUUUGUAUCUGAUUGUUCUGUAACAUCUGGACUUAGUUUAUGCACACAGUGCUGUUGGAAAGACAAUUCUAUCAAAUGUAUUAAUUUUGUAAACUUUU